CCGAGUCCUCGACUUGUCUUGUUUGAUUUCCCUCGCUCCUGUCUCUCUGCCGCAGAGCCUUUUCGGUGGGGGAACGGCGUUUCUCUUCCUUUUGCGGACGCGCGUCAUCCGGCAGUUCGGAGAACAGAGGAUUUCUCGCGUUUUUCCUGCCUUUGCUUCGUCUCCCCCUCCACUGUUCUCUUCUCCCCAGCGCGGCACUUGUUCUCCAGACGUCUGUCUCUGUCGUUUGCCGGAUUGUUUCUCUGUUGUUUUACCUCGGCGUUCCCGCCCGGCCCUCUCCGCGCGCUGCCUUUUCGUCGUCUCGAAAACUGUAAACUUCCGCGCGGCGGGGGUCGGCACAGAUUCGCCAUCCCUUUUUGCCGUCCCCUCUCUGGCCGUCGUCUUCCUCUUGCGUUCUUCCCUCUUCUCGCCUCUUCUUCACUCUCCGCUCUACGUCGCAGGACUCCUCUUUCCUUCCUCGUUCCUCUCCCCCGUCUCCCGCUGGCCGCGCCGCCUUCUCCCUGCCUCUCCCUGUUCUUCUCCGUCCGUUUCCGGUCUCCGAUUCGUUGUUUCUUCGCGUUCGUCCUUGCUUGCCGCCCGUCUCUCCGAGAUGUCGAGCGUUCCGUCUUCGUUCACUUCUCGCGAAGACGCGCGGAAGGCGAAGGAGCUGGAGGAGGCGCGGAAGGCGGGGACCGCCGAGCCGGAGAAGGACGAGGAGGGGAAUGCGAUCAAUCCGCAUAUUCCGCAGUACAUCAGCAAGGCGCCGUGGUACUUGAAUCAGCAGAAGCCGGGACUGAAGCACCAGCGCUUCGUCCCCGGAGAGAAAGAGGACAUCCGUCUUUGGUACGAGCGCGGGAGGAAGCGGGAGGGAGCUGCGGCGAAGAAGACCAAGUUCGAGAAGGGUGCAUGCGCGAACUGCGGCGCGAAGACGCACUCCGAGAAAGAGUGUGUGGAGCGUCCGCGCAGCAAGAAAGCCAAGUUUACGCAGUCGAACCUCUGCGCCGACGAAGAGGUCUUCGAGGACCUGAAGCUCUCCUACGACGGGAAGCGCGACAGGUACGCCGGAUACGAUCCGAGCGAGUACAAGUGGGUGAUCAGGGCGUACGAACUCGCAGAGAUCGAGAGGAAACGCCGGAAAGCUCUCGAGCUGGAGAAACAGAUCCUCACCGUGAAGAGAGGGUCGAAGCGACGCAGACGCGCAGGCAAAGAAGGCGACGCUCACGCACAGAACACAGUGCAGCAGAAAGACGAGAAGAAGGAAAAGGAGAAGGAAAAGGAGGAGAAGGAGAGGCGGGAGAAGAAGAAGGAGAAGACGGGAGAAGAGAACGCGGAGGCUGAGGCAGAGGGCAGCGACUCCGGAGAGGAGAAGGACAGCGGAUCGAGUGACAGCGGAACGAGUGACAGCGACUCGGACAGUGGAGACUCUUCAGACGAAGAUGUGAAGCAGCAUGACUUCGACCAGACGUCUGCGCCUGUCGCCUGCAGCGACGACCGCUUCCGAAUCAACACAAAAAACCUGCGCAUUCGAGAAGACACCGCCAAGUACCUCCUGAACCUCGACAUCAACAGCGCCUUCUACGACCCCAAAAGUCGAAGCAUGCGCGGGAAUCCCUUCGAGCACUUGAAGGAAGAAGAACAAGCUCUCUUCAAGGGAGACAACUGCGCUAGGAAAACUGGAGACGUCCUCAAGGCGCAGCAACUGCAGCUCUUCGCCUGGGAGGCUUACAAGCACGGCGCCCAGGUCCACUUCAACGCGCAGCCUACGCAACUUGAGAAACUUUACCAGGAACAUGUCGACAGAAAAAAAGAGUUGGAAGAAGAGAAGAAGAACGCAUUGCUGAAUAAAUACGGAGGCAAGGAGCAUUUAAACGCAGACCCACGGAUGCUGUUGGCGCAGACAGAAGUUUACGUCGAGUACUCUCGAGACGGGAACAUCGCGAAGGGCAGGAACCGCGUCUUGAUCAAAUCCAAGUACGAGGAAGACGCGUACGUCGGAAAUCACACCAGCGUUUUCGGAUCGUGGUACAACUUGGCUACACAGAAAUGGGGCUUCAAGUGCUGCAGACAGACGGACUUCGCGGCAGAUUGCACAGGGAGGCAAGAGGACGCCAUCACAGAGGAAUCGAUUGGCCUGACGAAAGCGGCUUCUUCCUCGUCAGACAGGGCGGCAGUUGGAGACGAGAAGAAUUUGGGAGAAGGCGAGUCGACUGAAAAGGGGGGCAAAGAAGUCUCUCCAGCUCACUAAGCUUCGAGUCAAAUGUCUGCAGAGAGCGAGACAUCGAGAGAGACGCGACCUCGCGCUCCGGCUGGGUUCCUUCUGAGCAAAGAGCGACCGCUUCCGUUUUUACGCAGAUGAUAACAAGGGGGAAGGACAACGAGGCAGUUGCGCGCUUGUCUUUGAAGCUGCGGCGUCUGCUUUCGAGCAGGAUGAGCUGCGUUGAAUCGCGCUUCAGGGUCUCUGCGUGGUGAGAGGAGUGAGCAAGACAAACGCUUGUUCUUGCUCCUGUAAAGAAGAAAAAGUCGCGGAACAACUCAGAGACAGAGCAUGUGUACAUCGUGCGUAGGAGGAUGCGCUUCUACGCGUCAACUGUCAAUUCUUCUUGCAUCUCGACACUCACGAGGCAAUGCGCUCACUUGGACAGGAAUGUUUUUGCAUGCAUAACGUGUGCGGAUGAAAAUGGUCAUGUAUUUACUGCUACAGUUCGUCAUUUCUCUCGAGGGCUCUGGGGAAAAAACAGGUUGAAACGUCAUGGGUUUGCUUCUCGUUUUCUGCGGAAAGAGUUGCUCUGUUUCUCUGUUUUAAGGUUCCUUAUCGCACUCGUCUCUGCGCGCUCGCUGUUGACCUCGUGGGAGCAGAGAGAUUUCUUUGUCGUUCUCGAAACGUCCAUUCUUUCUUUUGCGCUCUAUAUACUUGUAUAAGUAAUCAAAUGCACAUAUACACUUGUGCAUAUAUAUAUAUUUAUAUACUGCAUCUCAUUUUAAAUUCGGAGUUUUGUAGGUCGCAAGGAGACUGCGUAGCGACCUUGACUGGUGGAAAAUUUUGCGUUUUGAAACUGGCGCGAAUUAAAAGUUCACUUCACUUUUUC